AUGCGGAUUAUAGUGAAAAACUUAUCGUUAACGGCAACAAAGCAAAACAUAAAGGAGCACUUUUCGGCAAAGGGGGUCCCAACAGACGUGCGUCUUUUAAACACAAUACAGGGAGAGAGCAGAGGUGUUGCGUUUAUUGGGUACAAAACAGAAGAAGAGGCAGCAGCCAGCAUCCGUCAUUACAACAAAUCUUACUAUAAUGGAAAGAGGCUUAUUGUUGCAAAGAGUGUGAGCAAGGAGGCUCUUGAGAAGCGAGACCAAGAAGAAAGGCCUGCAAAGCACAGAAAAACACUGAGUGAUGGGCUUGAGGUGGAGGAGAUGAAAGAAAUUCUUAAACUGCUCCAGGCAAAAAAGGAGAACUCGUGGUCUACAACUGCAGAUGAAGAGGACCCAGCAAGCGGAAAAAAAGAAGAGAAAAAGGAGACACUUGAGACAAUGGUUGACCGGUACAGGCAAAAUGCACUGACAAAAAACAAGGAAAAGGUGCUUGAGACUGGCGAGAUUUUUGUUAACGGCAUACCAUACACAGCGACAGAAGAAGAGGUGGAGAAGGCAUUCCAAGAGUAUGGAAUGAUUUCUGAGGUAUUUAUGAAGUAUAAAGAAAGAGAGGACACUUGGGGUGAAGGGCAAACACUAAACACAGGCUUUGCAAUAGUCACAUUCACAUUUCCCAAAGACGCGUAUAAGCUUGUAGGCGAAACAAUUAUGUUCCAAGGAAAGAACAUUAAAAUACUUCCUAGCAGGGGAAAACCUGUUGAGGAAGUAACCGACAAAAACAAAAGCAAUGUAUCACAUGGACGAUACAAUCCAGUCUUUUUCAACUUUUCUGCGAUUCUUGGUGUUGCAUCCAAGGAGAAGAAGGUUUCUAAACAAGACAUUCUUAAAGACAGAGGAAUUGGAUUGGGUGGUCGAAUAGCACUGCUGGAGAGCGAAUUAAUUGAAAGAACACGUCUUUUCCUGAAAGAUGAAGGAAUAUCUGAGGAAUGCGUGUGCAGUAAAAAACCCUGCGUGUGCAUGUUUGUCUCAAAGAAGUCAAUAUUGAUCAAGAACAUACCAUACGGAAUAAAGGAGGGCGAGAUUCGAGAGUACUUUAAAAAGUACAUCCGAGCAGUCUUCUCUCCAUCAAAAACUCUUCUUAUUUUAGAGUACACCACUAAAUCUGACGCAGCAACAGAGCUUAAGGCAAACAACUUUACUCGCGUGCGGGACCAGCCCAUCUACAUAGAGUAUUUGAAGGUGACAAAAGAGAGAUAUGCCCGGGAGAUGGCAGGCCUGCCUCCUGUCUCCAGCCUGAAGUCAGCAGACAGCGAGCUCAAGCGCGAGGCAGAUAACCCGCACAUGCUUAAAAUUAUACUGAAGAAUGUGCCAUUCCAGGCAGGAAGAUCGGAGCUCUCAGAACUGAUAACUGGCUUGAUAGGAAAGGAGUACACAUUAAGAAUGCCAGUGAAGUCGGACGGAACUCAUAGAGGAUUCUGCUUUGUUGAGAUGCAGUCAAGCGAAGCUGCAAACAUUCUUCUCAAAAAACUAAGGCAUGUCCAUCUGUAUGGAAGACACAUUGUAGCAGAGAAAGCGCAGUUAUAA